AUGUGUCCAAACUCAGACCUGCCCCGAGACUCGCAGACUCAGGUAUCACAGGCUCGGACCCUGGCAGCUGCUGGACCCAGAGACCGAGCCAGACCCUCCAGUCCCGGCAGGACCGACCACAGCCCACAGAUGAACGUAGCGCGACAGGCGUGCGGCGCAGAGCUCUCCCGGAGACAAAGCCGGAUCCAGAACUGUUUACACGUCCUCCGCACCACAGAUUAA